AUGUCAGAAUUUGAGGAUUUCAGUGGGUUUCCGAGAGUCAUUGGGGCAAUUGAUGGAACUCACAUAUCCAUUACACCGCCAGGUGAAAAUGAGGCCGAUUAUGUGAAUCGAAAAAGUUUUCAUUCAAUUAUCCUAAAAGCUGUUUGUCGACACGACCGACUAUUUAUAGAUAUUAACUGUGGAUGGCCUGGGCGUGUCAAUGAUGCCAGGGUCUUCAGGAACUCUGAAGUUUGUCAACACCAGGCACAGCUAUGUGGACCACAUCAUCUUGUAGGAGAUGGAGCAUACCCACUCUCAUCAUACUUGAUGAAACCAUACCGGGAAAGUCAGAAUAUGACAGCAGCUGAAAAGAUUUUCAACAAAACACUUUGCAGAGCCAGGGCCAUCAUUGAACAUGCUUUUGGUGUAUUAAAAGGAAGAUUUAGGCGCCUGCAACACAUUAACAUGGUUGAUAUAGAAUACAUUAUGAAAACUGUUGUUGCCGCAUGUGUGUUGCAUAAUAUUUGUAUCAUCAAUCAUGAUGAGCUUGGUGAAAACUUUGAAACAGAGGUAGAUGAACAAGUUUUUGCUGAAGUUACUACAGACACUGCUGAAGGUAACUUGAAACGGCUGUUCCUAACCAGACAACUUUCAAAUGCCCAGCCAUGA